ACUGAGUAAUGUUGAAAUAGCCGAGGCCCACGCUCGAGUGAGUUCACUGUCGGCACACGGAUUGAGUGAGCGGAGAGGGAAACUUGUAAACUUGGAACAACAACAUUUCUGGAGGCUAUGACUUGACGGACACUCGCUGACCACAGUUUAAGACAGGUCAGCAGAUUAACAUCAUGGGUCGUCUCACGUGCUUGACCCUCCUGCUUGGCCUAUUUGUGACGUCACUGGCCUUACCCCAGCGUCCCGCACGGAGCCUGGACUCGGAGCUGCGUGAAGUCCUUCUUGAGUUGAUGGAGCUGGAAAAAGACUCCUUUGACGGCACAAGUGAUAAACGGGACCAGGACCGACAGCAGAAUCAGCAGCAGGACCGACAGCGGGAGGACGAGGACUCUGUGGAGCUCUGGCUGGAGGAUGUCAACAUGCAGCUCAGAGUAUGGAACAACAGGAUGUCCUCAGCGGAGUGGGCCUUCAGCACAAACAUCACCGACACCAACCGAGAACAGUUGGCGAACAGCGAGACGAAGUACUCGGAGUGGUAUCCGACCAUCCUGGGGCAGGCCCGGGAGUGGCGGAAGAGAGGGGGCCUUCACUCCGACACAGACAGACAACUCCGGCUGCUCACAAAGUACGCCGAACCCGCAGAGACGGAGGAUGUCAGGAAACAGAAGGAUCUCGAGGGCCGUAUGUCUGAGCUCUACAGCACUGCCCGGGUGUGUCGGGACGGGGAAAACUGUCUGCAGAUAGAACCGGAACUCAUUCGACUCAUGGCGACCAGCACUGACCCCGAGAAGCUGCUGUGGGCGUGGGAUGGGUGGAGGAACGCGACUGGUCCACCCAUCAAACCGCUGUAUCUCCAGUACGUGGAACUGUUGAACCAGGGAGCCGUGCAAAAUGAAUACAAAGAUUAUGGUGAUUACUGGCGAGAUCACCAGUUUGACCAGACACGUGACCUAGAGGAACUUUGUGAUAGGCUGUGGUCAGACGUCAAACCAUUGUAUGUCCAGCUGCAAGCAUACGUUCGCCGGAAACUAACGAAUUUCUACGGAGCAGAUAUCGUUGGAACGAAUGGAGCGAUACCUGCUCACUUGCUUGGCAACAUGUGGGCCCAGAACUGGCAGAUGAUAUCAGAUAUCGUCCUGCCGAAGUCUACAGACCCUCACAAUGAUGUCGCAAAGUCGGCGGAAGUCAAGCUCAAACAACGGUUCAAUGUAACAGGACUAUUUCGCCUCUCAGAGCAGUUUUAUGAAUCCAUCGGACUCUUCCCAAUGACGGAUGUAUUCUGGGAGAAAUCUAUGUUUGUCAAGCCGGAAGAGAGAGAAGUCACGUGUCAUGCAUCAGCCUCGGAUUUGUUUGCAAAGGACGAUUUUCGCAUCAAGAUGUGCACCGACGUCACCAUGGACUACCUGUACACCAUCCACCACGAGAUGGGCCACAUCGAGUACUUCAUGGCGUACUCCGGCCAGCCCACCAUCUACCGUACCGGCGCCAACUCCGCCUUCCACGAAGCCGUGGGCGACACGAUGGCGCUGUCUGUCGUCACCCGCGAACACCUCCACUCCAUCGGCCUCAUUGACACGGCGACGAGGACGGAAGACGGCGACAUCGCCGACCUGCUGACCAUGGCGUUGUUCAAGGUGGCGUUCCUGCCGUACGGCUAUCUGAUUGACAAGUGGCGAUGGCGGGUGUUCAGCGGAGACAUCCCCGACGAGGACCUUAACAAGGAGUACUGGAAACUACGAUUGAAGUACCAGGGCAUUGUGUCUCCCAACCCGCGGUCGGAGAGAGACUUCGACCCUGCCGCCAAGUACCACGUGCCGUCCAACUCCCCCUAUAUGUGCUACUUCAUCAGCUUCAUCGUCCAGUUCCAGUUCUACGAGGCCAUGUGUGCUGUCAGGGGCCACAAGGGGCCGCUGCACACGUGUGAUUUCUACCAAUCUAAAGAAGCCGGCGAGAAGCUAAAAGACAUGCUGAGUCUUGGCGCCAGUCAGCCCUGGCCAGAUGCACUGCAGCAGUUGACUGGGUCCCGUCACGUGUCUGCGGGUGCGCUGCUGGAGUACUUCAACCCGCUGAUGGAGUGGCUGCAGGUCCAGAACGAGGGCGAGAAUCUGGGCUGGGACGGCGCCAGCAUCAACUGGGAGGAUUGAAAUAAAAAAGCUGAUUCCUCA